GGAGAGAAGCCGGCGCGACCCUUCUAAAUGCGAAGCGAAUCAAUCAUGCCGACAGCUAAAAUUUCAGUCCUAACUCGGAGCUUCCAAACUUCCUGAUACCUACCCACCACAGCCACUGUACACUUACUUAAGUGCAUCAGCCUAUCUCCGUCGAGUCUUCCUCGUCAUUUACUUUGUUCCUACCAAAAUCUAUAAUAUAAUUCCUCAUAUACCUCACAAUGUUCCGCCAGGCCAUUGCUACCUCAUCCCGCGCUCUGCGAGCUGCUCCCAAGAUCGCCGUCCCCCGACUUUUCAUUCAGUCGCAAUUCCAGGCUGCGCCCGCCUUUGCUCUUAGAUCCGUUCAGCCCGCCGUGUCGAGAUGGUACAGUGACGCUAAGGAGACUGAGGCCAAGCCUGCUGAGGAGGCCAAAACGGAGGAAAAGCCCGCUGAGGGCGAGAAAGAGAGCGAUCCUCUCGCUGAGCUCAAGAAGGAGCUUGCAGCCAAGGAGAACGAGGUUAAGGACUGGAAGGAUAAGUGUAUGCGCACCGUCGCCGAUUUCCGCAAUCUCCAAGAGCGCACCACACGUGAGGUCAAGGCCGCCAAAGAUUUUGCCAUCCAAAAAUUCGCCAAGGAUCUCGUCGACAGCGUCGACAACCUCGACCGCGCCCUUGGAAUGGUUCCCAAGGAUAAGCUCAACGCCCCAGACCGACCUGAGGGCCUCGAGGAUCUCGCCAACCUGUAUGAGGGUCUCAAGAUGACCGAAGAUAUCCUCAUGAACACCCUCAAGAAGCAUGGUCUCGAGCGACUCAAUCCCGAGGGCGAGAAGUUCAAUCCCAACGAGCAGGAGGCCACUUUUAUGACUCCCCAGCCCGAUAAGGAAGACGGCACUGUUUUCUUCGUUCAACAGAAGGGCUUCAAGCUUAACGGCCGGGUGCUGCGCGCCGCCAAGGUCGGUGUUGUCAAGAACAAAUAAGUAAAUCGUUCUUCCAUAAUGACGGAGAUGUGUGUUUUGAUGACAUCUCCACACUCAAUCGCAUCUUGCGUGUACUUUUAGACGAGGUUAUAUCGGUUGGCGUUGGCUCUAUGUAUAAUGCUCCCCUCAUGAUGGUCAUUUUUCAACUUGUAUGAUGGUUACAGAUGCUUGGACAGGAGAAAAGUUUCAAAAGAGCUGAGACAUUUGUACAUAAAUAACAAGACGUACUUGUAUAACAGUGGGGGCAACUGGGCGGUAUAGUCGACCUAAGAGGGUCUUUUCAGGUCAUGAUCCAUGAUGUCCAGAGGUAAAAAUGAAUACCUAAGCUGGUAACUCAGCUACGAUGAUGAAGCAUGUGAAGCGGGCCUGUGCAAAAGUUAUUCACAAUGUGGUCAUAGAAUGGUGAAAGAAACCUAGAAAGAAAGAGAUUAUGAACUGACUGUUAAUCUCACCGGUGCCGUUGUGGCGAAGAUUUAUUA